AUGUUCCGCAUCCACACGCCGCAGCCAGCACCGUUCCCGCUCGACCCGGGACCCUCGACUCGUCGCCCCGCUCACUACGACCAGCCCAUGGCGGACGACUUCUUGGACGAGCUGGCGGAUGAUCUGGGAAGACGGGGAGACCUCGAUGCUGGCGAGGCAGGCCGAGUGACGGGACCAGGCGAGGUCAUCGCGGACGCUCAGCGAUGGAUGAGGGGUCACGGAACGUAUGUCCAGGACGACAAAGUGCUGGCGAGUGUUGCGGGAACGCUCGAGCGGGUCAACAAGCUCGUGAGCGUGCGGCCGCUGCGGACAAAGUACCGCGGCGAAGUCGGAGACUUGGUCGUCGGCCGGAUAGUCGAGGUCGGACCAAAGCGAUGGAAGGUCGAGACGCAUGCCUCACAAAAUGCUGUGCUCAUGCUCUCGUCGAUCAAUCUGCCUGGAGGUGUGCAGCGACGAAAACUUGAGUCGGACGAGCUGCAGAUGCGGACGUUCUUCCAAGAGGGAGACCUGCUGGUUGCAGAGGUGCAGGCAUUCUUUGGCGACGGCGCGAUGAGUCUGCAUACGCGGUCGCUCAAGUACGGCAAGCUCAAGAAUGGCCAGCUCGUCACCGUCCCUCCCGCCCUCGUCGUCCGCUCGAAAUCGCACUUCCAUACGCUCCCGUUCGGCGUCGACCUGAUAAUCGGCUUGAACGGCUACAUAUGGAUCAGCAAGACGAUCAAGAAGGAGACGCGGCUUGACGGCGAAGAGGCUGGGUUCGGAGAGGAGAGCGGUGAGGGUGUGUACAGCGGCGAGAACGAGGACAUCUCGCCUGCGAUCCGCGCCUCCAUCACCCGCGUCGCCCUCCUCAUCUCGCUCCUUGCGACCCAUUGCAUCCCGAUCACCGCCGAACUCGUCACCGAAGCUCACGACGUCGCACUGCGGAUAGUCGGCGAAGGACCGGAGGGUCUGAGGAAGCUGGCGCGGAGAGAGACAGGAACGGAGGUCUUGCGGGCGUUGGCGAUGGGCAGGGAGUAG